AUGUCUGGAGGAAGAGCCAACGGCGCAGGUGUGGGCCGGUGCCCCCGGCCUCUCUGGUGCCACUUCUGGCCGAUGAGGCAUCGAGGGGCAAAGGCGCACAUGUGCAUGGCUCUCAGCGGCACCCUUGAGUUGGAGACUGAGCGGUGGCACCCCCAAGGGGUGGCCGCUCCUGUGAACUCCGCAAAAGGCAAGGGGGUUCUGCUGAGUCCCGGCAGUGGGCUGAGGCGGCACCCCUCAGGAGGGUGGGCAGGGAAAGGGGGGCCCCAGCCGCGGCGAGUCCAGACCUCCAUCUACUGGGUCACCAUUAUCUACUACAUGUUUGUUCAGUUUCUCAAAGAAUCCCAGAAGUGCGAUGCCCCUUCUCGCCCCAAGGGUGACUUGCCUGGGGAGGGAGCUUUCCUGCCCUCCCCCACUUGCACACCUUGGGUUUCCCCCGGCUUCCUCCUUGCAGAGAAGGGUGUCCCCGGAGCUCUGCGGUGGCUGCAGAAGACACUGACCGACCCAGACAACCAGGACCUGGUGGAGACAGCGGAGGCCCUCUUUGUCCAGCGGGACUUGCCACUGACCCCGGGGUUCAUGCCCAGGUUCUACCAGAUGUUCCGCCAGAUGGUCAAGCAGGUGGACUUCCGGGAGAGCGAGCGGGCGCGCCGCAUCAUCAACGUCUGGGUACAGCAGCACACGGCAGGCAUGAUCCAGGACUUCUUGCAGGAGGGGACCCUGGACGAGAUGACCCGGCUGGUGCUGGUCAAUGCCAUCCACUUCAAGGGCCGCUGGAAAACACCGUUCCCGGAGGCAGCCACCCGGCAGCGCCUCUUCCACAAGCUGGACGGCAGCUCCGUCUCGGUGCCCAUGAUGGAGCAGAUGGGCAAGUUCUGCUACGGCGAAUUCUCCACCCCAGAGCAAGUGGAGUACGAUGUCCUGGAGCUGCCGUACCACGGGGAGACCGUCAGCAUGUUCAUCGCUGCCCCUUUUGAGAACACCCCGCUGUCGGCCCUGACAGCGGCCCUCAAUGCCCAGCUGGUGGCCGAGUGGAAGAACAACCUGCUGUGUGCCACACGACUCCUGGUCCUGCCCAAAUUCACCCUGGAAACGGAGUGCGACCUGCGGGAGCCCCUGCAGGCCCUGGGCGUGACUGCCAUGUUCGAUGCCCACGCAGCCGACUUCAGCCGCCUCUCAGACCGAGAGUCGCUCUUUGUGGCCCAGGCUCUGCAGAAGGUGAAGAUCGAUGUGAACGAGAGCGGGACGGAGGCGGCCUCUGCCACAGCUGCCGUGGUCUAUGCCCGGAUGGCCCCGCUGGAGCUCGUGAUGAACAAACCCUUCCUCUUUGUGGUGCAACAUAACCCCACCGGUGCCAUCCUUUUCAUGGGGCAGGUGAUGGAGCCCUGAUGCCCUACCCCCGAGCACCCACUCCGAGCUGUGCUGGUGCUGGCAGAAGCCUGUUCUCCCCUCACCUUCCUUUCCCCAAGAGACAUGAUGCUAACUAGAGCCCCCCACCACUGCUGCUGCUGAGGGAAUGGGGGGGGCACAUUGCCCUCUGAAGACCCAGAGAAGCUGGAAAGAGCGAGUCCUGCAGAAUGCCCUCUGCUGCUCUCCCAGAGGCUUCCGUGGCCGGUUGAGAGAGAAAGAGAAAGAGAGAGAGGGCCCAGUCAAGAGGCCUCCCUGGCCCAUUCCACCUCCGCCAGAGUCGGGUGAGGAAGACGGCUCACCCAGCAAGUGCCAUGGGCAAGGCUGCAGGACCCCUUGUCCCCUGCAAGAAGGCCUGCUGGCAGCCGGGGGGGGGGUGCCCCCUGUGGCGUGGAGAAACCUUCAGGGGCCUCUCUCCCACCCCGCCAAGACGGAGGGGGGGCCUCCCUUCAGAAAGAGGGUUCACAGAGGAGAGGGCGGGGCAAUGGACUCCUCUGUUGUACGUCUGUCUGUCUCACAGGAUGACAACAGGAGCCCUUCUGUUCCUCAGCUGAGCUUGAACAGGGGCUUCCUUGAACACUGAAUGACGACGCCUGUAUUCUUUGCGCACUGCCAAGAUGCGAGAACCUGAUGGGGGCAGUGAGAGGAAAGAUUUCAUAGACUCUUCCUGUAAUUUGCACUGAGUGGGCGUGCCCUGUCGCCCUGUGCGGGUGGUGGACAGUCCCCGGGACCACCGCUGAACCUUAGUGAGAUUAAUCCCCUCACCACGGAGCUCGGCUGGGUGGGGGGCGGGGCUCUCCCGGCCUCCUCCAGGUGCUGUAGCUCUUUAGGGUGCUUUCAGACUAAAAGGGCUUUUUUUAAAGUUUUCACGUUGUGAAGUUAGAAAAUGAAUGUAAGUUUUGUAGAUAUUUUUCAGUGAAAGGUCUCAUCUGAUGAAACUUUAAGUGAAACGCUUUAAUGAGCGCUGCACCGUCACUAAAAUAUUUGAGACCAUGCACUUCAAAGGAAACGACUUUAAUGUUUUGUAAAGGAAGCGACUCUAAUGAUUUGUUAUACACAGGAAACAUAAAAAUAUUUUUCUCUAACUGUCUAAACCGUGACUUCGUUAUUAUAUCAUGGUUCUUUUCCUAACGAGCUACAGUCCGUCCCGUGAGAUCCCUCUCUCUGCCCCUUGGACAACCUCCAGCUGCUGGCUGGAGACCUUCUGGGCUUACAGCUGAGAUUGCCAGGCAACAGG